UUCCUUCUUGCGGAAAGCAAGCUGAGCUCCUCAUUUCUCUGUCACGGUUGUGUUGUGACCGGAGAGGACGUGCAGAACAGAAACAGCGCUCACUCGCACUGAGGAGCUACAGGUGCACACUCAGCCUGCUGGGAUUUUCCUGUCGGACACUCUGGACACACUGACCUGUGAUAAAUAAGACUGAUGUUUGGUGACAAAACAGUCCUACAGCUGGUGAUAUGCUCCAUGUAGACAUCUCCUUAACUCAACAAGUGGCUGCGUCCCAUCUGGGACCGAGGCAACAUGUGGGGGGACACUACACUAGCCCUGGCUGUGAUGAUUGUACUGCUCUGGAUUCUUCCUUGCAAAAGUCAGUCUGCACCAGGAAGACCCAAACUCACAAGCUGUCGCUCUACUGAGAAGGAAACCUUCACCUGCUGGUGGGAGCCAGGGUCCAGUGGAGGUUUGCCCACUACCCAACGGCUGUUCUACAGAAAAGAAAGAUCUGAGAAGGUGUUUGAAUGUCCAGACUACCACAGCGCCGGGAACAACUCAUGUUACUUCAACAAAUCCCACACAUCUAUAUGGGUCUUUUAUAAUAUUACAGUUGUAGCCUCUAAUGCCUAUGGGGAUACCUUUUCAGAGUCUGUGGAGGUAGAUGUCAUGGACAUUGUCCAGCCUCACUCUCCAGAGAAUGUGACUUUGACGGUGGUGGGAGCGGAGGACAACCCGUAUUUUCUGGUACAGUGGGAGGCCCCGCAUGACACAGACACUCGUUCUGGCUGGGUAACUCUCAAAUAUGAAGUACGAGUGAAAUUGGAGAACAGCAGGCUGGAGCAGGCCAGUGAGUGGGAGGUGUAUAGUGCUGGUAAACAAAAGGAGCUGAGCAUCUAUAGCCCACAACCUGGAGGAAGGUAUACUGUACAAGUGCGCUGUAGACUAGAUCAAGGGAGCUGGAGUGAAUGGAGUCCUCCAGCUUUUAUCAAAGUCCCUAAUAACUAUCUAAAAGAGAGGUCUGUUGUGAUCUUCACAGCCACCGUCAGUGCCUUCAUUUUCCUCGUCGCUUUUGGAAUAUUAGUGGUCAAAAGAGAACAUGUUAAGCAUUGCUUACUGCCCCCUGUUCCAGGGCCAAAGAUCAAAGGCUUUGAUGCCCAACUCCUGAAGACAGAGAAGUCAGAAGAUCUAUUCAGUGCCCUGACAGCCCAAGGCUUCCCUCCAACUGCAGAAUGUCCUGAGCAGGUAGAUUAUCUCGUGGUGGUGGACAGUGAGGAGAACAGCGAGGAGUUUGGAAUUACCACAUCUCAUGAAGAUCAAAAGAAAGACCAGCUUUCUUUAGAUCCUGAAGAUGGAGAACUCUUCGAUAGCCUAUCCACUGAGAAGGAGCUAAACAUCAUUCAAACUGAUAGAUGCAAAACACCAGCUAUUGUACAUGACAGUCAGGACUGUGACACUAAAUCUACACCUGGAAUUUCACAAGCUCUGACAGGGACUUUCUCUUCCCAACUAAAUGUCCAACACACAAACCAUCUCACCACACAUGAGGCGCCUCAUCAGGAGCUGAACCCUGACCAACAUACACAAUCUGAAUAUAGCUGCAUGUCCAGCUUUGAUCAGAAGAAUGCCAGCAUCCUUCCGAAUGGAUUUAUGGAGUAUGUUGAAGAGAACGAGAGACAAGACUGUAAACUUACUCCUACAGCAGAAGGAGGAGGAGAGGACUACAGCAAAGUCAGUGGGGUUUAUAGUGACAGUGUGCUUGUGCUUCAAAAAGCCAGAAACCCCAUUCACAAACACAAAGAGAAGAACUGUGACGAUCUACACAAGAAGAUCAAGGAUGAAAAAUCUCUCUCAGCUAAACGUGUAGCAGAUACUCAGGAUUAUGUGGACACUAUGUAGUGCUUUUGGUGUUAAAAAGUGCACAUGCUCAUUUAACACAUUUUAAACAGUCAUUUAUAAAUGUAUCACAAAGACUUAAUUUGUACUGAAAUAUUAAACUGUACUCAGAUUUAGAUUUUAUGAAAACAUGAAAUGAAAGCCACACUCUCAUCAGUAAUCAGCACAUACUUUUUCAAGUUACAAAUAUGCAGUGGUGGACGGUAACGACAUACAUGUACUUAAAUACUUUCUUAUGAAUAUCUGUACUUUAUUGAAGCAUUUCAUAUUUUUUAUACAUUUACUUUUAUUCCACUACAUUUAAAAGUAAAAUAUCCUUUUUUUACUCCGCUGCUCUCUGCACAAAUGUAUCGUUAAUAAAAUUGAGAUAUAUUUUUUAGACAUACAAAAAAAUAAUGAUGUCCUUCAAAACAAAUUGAAACCAAACAGCUUCCCUAAAUACUGUUUGUCUAAUCAUAGCCUAGCAACUGUAACUACGUAUUUCAGAUUUAACAGUUUGCUGUUGUGAGAGAUUUUUUGGAUAUUAAAGAGUUUAAAGAUGGGAUUGAAAUAUUUUAAAUAUUUGAAUUUAUGUGAAUUAAAUGAAAAGAAACUAAA